CCACCAAACACUUCCUCCACCAUCAUAUUAUCAUCACCCGUUGAGGGAGAAGCUUUAGGAGAGAAAAAAAAAAGGGGUUUAGGCGCCCUCUUCCUUGAUUAAGUGGACCCCUUGCUCGGUCGGCAUUGACACCAUGGCCGCCAGAAGAGAAGAGCGACCGAGACAGACCCUAAUGCGGGUAGAUGAUGUGCCACCGAUCAGGGCGGAGGAGCGACCGAUAUGCGAGGAGUGGCUCCGUUCAAUCGGAUUUCUUGCACCGGGAGAGGACGAAGAGGUAUGGCACGCCAUUCUCCAGAACUGGGAGCGGUUCCUCAAGGCAACGAACACGAGGAUUACAGGAUCUGGCGCAGCCCGCCGAGUCGUGCAGAGCGCGGACGCUAAACAGCGUGAGGCAGUCAAGCAAGCAUUUUGGGACCGGAUAGAUGGGCUCGAAGCGCUAUCUGAGCGUUGGCCAGCAAAAGCACGCCUGACGCUCAAUCAAAGCGCGGAAGGGCCCGAUGCCAGGCCGUUCGAGUCGCUGGCGGCGAGGUGGCUAUUGGGAAAGCGGCGACGAUUUCAGUCCAUGUGGACAGGCUUGGUAUGCUUUCUGGUAUGGUCCAUCAAGGAGAAGGAAGAAAGUCUGGAGGAGAUGGGGCUAGUAUUGGACGAAGAGGAGAAGGAGGACGUGUUGGAUGUGGUGGUAGUGGUAACGCCAGGGUCAGGUUGCUUCAUGGACGAUGAUGAUGAUCCGGGAGAUGAACUUCAAGGAUUGUUUACUAAAAUGAUCACGGACGAGCCUGCGAAGGCGCAGAGGAACCCGCUGCUCUGGUGGAUGGCGAUCCUAGUACGGUCGGCGAUCUCGAAGGAGGGUGAGGAAGACUACAUCAGUCGGGGGAGGUUCAGCAUGAACAUUUUGCCGCUGGAUGUGGAUAUCAGGGACCGGAUCGAAGCUAUCGGACACUACAGUAAGGUGUUAAUCCUAGACAAGGCGUUCCAAGGGUGGCAAAAGGGAAGGGUUGGUCGUGGGGUUUGGUUGGAAGAGGUGCAGCGGGAAUUGAACGCGGUAGACAACGAAUGGCUCAACGAAGAGAAUGGGCAGCGGCCGGACAACCGGCUGGACAGUCGAACGUGCCUAUCGCCGGGGUGGAAGAUGAUGCUAGAGCACCUGGGAAAGGAAGGGAAAGAAUGGUUAGGAGAGAGGGAAGGGACGGUUAUGUGGGAGGUUAGGAGGCUUCUGGGGUCACUUAGGAGAGCCAGGGAGUAAAUGUGAGGAGGGAGGCCGAAGGCAAUAAGCGGAAUAGCAGAGACAGAAGCAAUAAUAAAUCCGGCGUCUCAAAACUUGUUCAGUUUCUUAGUUGUUCCAAUGUUGCGAUUACCCCUAGCAGGCUAGCUGAGUCUAAAUACAACUAUACA